CUUUCUUUGGUGCCUUUGAGCAUCGAGACUCGUAGACGGCACAGUCAGCUACUCACAUGCUCUCCAUCACGCUGUCAUUGUCAUGGGUGUCACUGGCCUGUGGAAUGUCGUCCAGCCUUGUGCCCGACCUAUCAAAAUCGAAACACUAAACAAGAAACGACUCGCCGUCGAUGCCUCCAUCUGGGUCUACCAAUUCUUGAAGGCCGUCCGCGACAAAGACGGCAACGCUCUGAGAAACAGUCAUGUCAUUGGCUUCUUCCGUCGUAUCUGCAAACUGCUCUACUUUGGCAUUAAACCUGUCUUUGUCUUUGAUGGCGGCGCCCCUGCCCUGAAGCGUGCAACCAUCAAUGCUCGCAAGCAGAGGAGAGAAGGCAGAAGAGAGGAUGCGACUCGCACUGCUGGCAAGCUGCUUGCCCUUCAGAUGCAGCGCAUUGCCGAGGAAGAGGAGAGCAACCGCAAGCGUGCUACACAUGCUGCUCCACAAGACGAGGAAGAGGCACUGCCUGACAAUCUGGUCUAUGCCGAUGAGGUUCUCAUGAACCCUCAGGAACGUCAGCAGAACAAGGCUUUCAGAAAGAAGGAUCAAUACCAUCUUCCUGAUUUGGGCGUACCUCUUUCCGAGAUGGGUGCUCCCAAUGACCCAAGAAUCAUGUCUCUGGAGGAACUCGAGAAUUACGCCCGUCAAUUCGAUACUGGCGAAGAUAUCAACGUAUACGACUUCUCCAAGAUUGACUUCGACGGCAGCUUCUUUCUAAGUCUUCCACCUAGUGACCGCUACAACAUUCUCAACGCAGCCAGGCUGAGGAGUAGACUCAGAAUGGGCUACUCCAAGGAUCAGCUGGACACUAUGUUCCCUGACCGCAUGGCCUUCUCAAAGUUCCAAAUCGAGCGCGUCACGGAGCGCAACGACCUCACCCAACGUCUUAUGAACCUCAACGGCAUGAACGAUGAUCUCAUGUAUGGUCUUGACGCUCCAGGCAGAGUAGCUGGUGAAAGAGGAAGGGAAUACGUGCUGGUCAAGAACGAUGGUGUCGAGGGUGGAUGGGCUUUAGGUGUUGUGACUGGAAAGAAUGAUGGCAUCCAGAACAAACCAAUCGAUGUCGAUGCAGCGGAAAAAGAAGCCAAUGAAGAGCAGGAUGAGGACGACGAUGAUGAAUUCGAAGACGUUCCGAUCGAGGGCCUGAAUCGGCUCCCGAAAGCCACAGAUGCCCAGCAGGAGAAGACACUUGGCGUGGAGAUGGCCAAACGAAGACAAGCUUUCUACCGAUCGAAGAGAAGUGCUCCUCGGAGGCGAGCCAAAGCACCUCAUUCACGUAAGCCAGCAGAAGCUGAAGCUGAAGGCUUAUUUGUAGAGGAUGACCAUGACGCCGUUUUGGAAGUCGAUGAUGAAGAAGGCAGUGCCUCUGAUGAUGAAGAGCUUCAGCGAGCUAUCGCCAUGUCUAUGCAAAACGAAGACGCCGAGCCUGAAGCUGAGCCGGCUGAGGACGAAGAGAAAGAAGACUGGCUUGAUACGUUCCAGCAGUCUCGCGCUGAUGAGAGUCGUCCCAUCCCACGUGGUAGAGGACAGGCCAUUGCGCAUAUCGUAAACAGUCGAGCUGGUAAGGCAGUACCUAUUGCAUCAGCUUCGAACAAUGACGGCGAUAUCUUGGACCUUGAGACUGCUGAGACAAGCUCCUGCAACGACGCUGGAUCCAGGCCUGCUGCUUUUGGUGAAGAAAGUGACGAUAGCGAAGAUGAUAUGGAUUUUCAGGCUGCACUUGCCGAGUCACGCAAGACGAAGUAUCAAUCUAAGCAGCCACCAAAGAUCAGACCUGCGCCACCCGUCAGCUCAGCACCCGCGACGGCCGUUCAGGAUCCUAGAAACGCUGGCGGGUUUUCCGGUCCUCUACCCUUCGAAAAGCUAGAUCUUGGUAGUUCUCUGCUCGGCAAAAAGAAGAUGGAGAAAGCACAAGAAGAAAUGGCAGGCGGAUUCGAAAGAGACAAUACUGGUCCAGACAAGAAGGACAAGUCUGGACCGAUGCCACCAUGGUUUGCAGGAGACCUUGACGCCAAUAUUGCCAAACAAAAUGCACUCGAACGCGACGACUGGCAAAAGACCAAAGCAUAUAACGAAGAGUUCCAAUUUGCUAGCGUACCAGUUCUGGGUCGGCGCUCAUCCGGUGAAGUGAUUGAUCUGGACUUCGAAGAGUCACAGCCUCGAGACGCAAGUCAACAAAUCAUCGACAUCUCAGACGGAGAAGAGGACAAAGCUACUACACCAGAGCCUAUAGACCUCAGUGUAGUGGAACCACCUGCUAUGGGAGACUUGGCAGAUCGUGUCCGAGCCGCGCCUCCUGUUUUGAGCGAACUUGAAAAAGAGAAGGUUGAGCAUUCGGAUACACCGAUCAUUAGUCGCGAGGACAAAGAAGCAUCGCCCACAGACGAGAAGUUUGCCGCGCCAAAGCAGUCUGCACCGACAGUAACGCCUGCGAAGAACAAUCCUUUCGCGGAGGAUGAUGAAGACGAUGAGAAUAUGGAGUGGGAACAGGUCGACAAUCAGCAGACUAACCUAGAGCAAAAGCCGUCAGCAACGAUUGAGCCUCAAGCAGCAAAGGACCCCUCUCCAGAGUCUUCACCGAAGUCCAUCGAGCAGCCUCCAGCAGAAGUCACAAGGGAGCCUACGAAAUCGCCGUCUCCAGACUUCGAAAAUGUAGACAUUCCUGAUCAGCCCCAGGAGUUGCCACAGGAAGUUGAGGAACAGAUCACAACACAAACGGCCAUCGAUGCCGUUCCUGGAUCUGUGUCUGGCACGGCAGAUCAAAAUCUGUCUGCAGAAACUGCAGCUGAUGAGUUUGGUUACUAUUCUGACUCUGAAGACGAUGAACUCCUUCGUCAACUCGCUACUGAAACAGAAGAACAUGCUCGUUUCGCUUCCUCAUUGAACCACAAGACACAACAGCAGAAUAUUGAAGAAUAUGAACGUGAGUUGAAACAGCUUCGUACUCAACAGAAGAAGGACAGACGUGAUGCCGAUGAAGUGACGCAUGUCAUGAUUCAAGAAUGUCAACAACUUUUGAAGUUGUUCGGUCUGCCUUACAUCACCGCGCCCAUGGAAGCCGAAGCGCAGUGUGCAGAACUUGUCACCCUUGGGCUGGUGGAUGGCAUCGUUACCGAUGAUUCGGAUUGUUUCCUUUUCGGAGGCACUCGCAUCUACAAGAACAUGUUCAACCAGGCCAAGUUUGUGGAGUGCUACUUGACUUCCGACUUCGAGAAGGAAUUCGAUCUGACACGACAAAAGAUGAUUGGUAUCGCUCAACUUCUUGGCUCAGAUUAUACCGAAGGCUUGCCCGGUGUGGGUCCAGUCACAGCUCUCGAGAUUCUGUCCGAGUUUCCCAACCUCAACGACUUCCGCGACUGGUAUAACGCCGCUCAGAUGAAUCAGAUACCAAAGUCUGAAGAUGCCGCAAAUCCAUUCCGCAAGAAGUUCCGCCGUCAAGUGAACAAACUCUUCCUACCCUCCAACUUCCCUGACCCGAGAGUGGAAGCCGCGUAUCUGCAGCCGGAUGUCGACAACGAUCCUUCUGCUUUCCAGUGGGGUGUGCCUGAUCUAAGUGCUUUGCGCAGUUUCCUGAUGGCUACUAUUGGCUGGAACUCUGAGCGUACUGACGAAGUCCUCGUUCCUGUCAUCAAAGACAUGAAUCGCAGACAAGCAGAAGGCACACAAGCCAACAUCACAGCCUUUUUCGAUGGUGGUGUUGGAGCUGGUGCUUACGCGCCGAGACAGAGGAUUGAACAGGGUAGUAAGCGUAUGGGUAGCGCACUCGGUCGUAUGGCAAAGGCAGCGAAGAAGAAGAGAAAGAGUGGUGAUGCUGUAGAGGACGAGGAUGAAUAUACCGAGACUGCUGAGACUGAGAAGCCAGCACCUAAGAAAAAGGCAAAGAAGAACAAUUCGAAGCGAUCGGCUGCUGCUACUGCUUCGGCGGACGUCUAGAUAAUCAGUAAUAAGACCUAUAAUGAUGCUCUUCUCAACGAACAACCUCAACAUCUAAAAAUUAUUGUGUAUUUUUACAGCUGCAAAAGAAGGUCAAAAACGGUCAUGGAGAGAGGUCGUAUCAACAAGAUGUACACUAGCCCGAGGUCAAACUCAAUGCGUUCUCCAGCAUCGUGCUUCUGCUAGAAUCAACCUGUAAAAAGGCA